GCCAAGGCUAGCGAGAUGGUGAAACUGGCCGAGAGAAUGCGACAGAAAUUGCAGCAGCAACAGGGGGCAGCGAGUGGAGAAAUCGCCCCUUCCCUCUCCUCCUCGUCCUCCUCAUCAUCAUCAGCAGCAGCAGCAUCGGAGGAGUUACAGGACCUGCUACUGAAGAUGGGAAUUGAGUCGCCCGUCACGAGAGAGACCGCAGGGGCGCUCUAUCACAGGCAGCUGUCCCGAGAGCUUGCAGAUUUCAUAGGUCCAGUGCUGGAGAAGACAGGUGGCACGAUGCUAUUGGUCGACGUGUACUGCAUAUUCAACCGCGCCAGAUGCACAGAGCUCAUAUCACCAGACGAUCUUCUCAAGGCCUGUUCACUCUGGUCCUCCUUCCCCUCCCCUGCAGUGCUAAGGCGCUUUGACAGUGGCAUCCUCGUGGUGCAGCUCAAGACUCACAGCGACGAGCAUGUCACGCGCAAGAUCCAGGAGAUGGUGUCGACCAAUGAGGCGCUGCAAGUCGGAGUGUCCAUUGCUGACGUGGCGCAGGCGCUCGGCGUCUCGCCAGCUGUCGCCAAGGAGGAGUUGCUAGCGGCCGAGGCCAAGGGUCUCCUGUGUCGAGACGAUGCGGCUGACGGUCUCCGUUUUUUCCAAAACUUCUUUGCCACGGCUCACAUGUGA